CGAUAGAUAGUGCUUCCCCAUUCUGGUCCAUAUAAAUAAAUGCAGCAUUCGCAUACUCUCCCUCAGUUUGAUACUCUUUUCCCACUUCAGUUUCUAUGGCUCUCGACUUGGACACCCAGGGAAUCUUGGCGGCGGCGACGAUUGUGAUGUAUAUUCCCUUCCUAUUUACUUCGUUCAAGGUGGCGUCCAGGUGCGGUAUAUGGCAAGGUCGGUGGACCUCGUUGCUGGUUUUCUGCAUCACGCGAGUAUUGGGUGGCGCUUUCCUUGUCGCAGCUCAAAAGGUUACUCCCUUGAACAACGGAUUAUACAUUGCAGGUUACAUGCUAGAAGUACUUGGCCUAGCUCCACUGUUGCUUUGCAUGCUUAGUCUGUUGCGCUCGAUAUUUGAGGGGCCUGAUGGCGAACCAACAGAUGAAACGAUUUUCCAUUCUUUUCGACUCUUCAACGCUGCAGCUGUACUCCUAACCGUUAUUGGUUUCGCCAUCGUGUCACAUUCCAGCUCAAGUGCGAGCACCAUGCGCAAGGCAGGUUUCCUCCUGUUUUCUGUGCAAUACAUUGCCCUUGUCGGCAUUUGCAUCUUUCUGUGGACCCAACUCCGCAAUAUCAUGAAAUACCGUAAGCAGCUCCUAAAGGCAAUCUCUUUCGCACUUCCAUUCCUGGCCGUUCGGACGGUAUACGGCGUACUGUCCAUAAUCACUACGGACACAUUUACUGGUUCAGCGACCUCAUCCAAUGCUAGCAGCCUGGCAGUGUUCGACUUGGUCACGGGCAACUGGGAAAUCUUCCUCGUAAUGGAUAUGGUCACAGAGUAUGUGAUUGUGAUCAUAUACACAAUCUCAGCCUUCGUACUGCCUCUAGACCAAGAUUUCAAAGCUCCAGACUUGAGUGAUGAUGUGCUUCUCUUGAAUGGGUCUUGAUGGUGAAAAUCGAAGCGCCGGUCGUGUUUGAUUGCGAAGUAGUGUAUCCGGAGUUGAUUUCUUGUGCAGGAUCACAAAGAAAUGUUGUUGACGAUCAAGGAUCCGGCUGAGGGUGGUGGCCAACUAAUGCAUCAGAACAAUGCGCAAGUUGCUCUCAUGCCUCGUUGAUGCCACUAUCACUGCACUUUCGAGGCAACUUGGACUCAUUUUUGGACUUUACGACGCCAUGCUUUCAGCCUUU